CUUUUCUUCUCCCCUGCAGCUCCCGAAAUCCCCCCAAGCUGCCGGCAACAAUUUUUGAGAAAAAACCGGUAAAAAGCUUGGAUUUUCUCUUUAUUUUCUUGUCCAAGAACCAGAUUUGGAGCUUGGAAACCUCCCUUCCCCUGCAGAAAUCCAGAUCUGCUUUGCUCUGUCCGCCGGCUGCUCUUGUUUGUGGGGGCGAAUUGCUCCGGUUUUUGCCCAUGAGCUUUCUUCUGCACUUGCCGCCGGCCUUCCCCCAACUGCAGUCCGGUUUUUUGGCUGCUAAAUUCUGGUUCUCGAUCAUUCUGUUAGUGAGCACUGAGAUCGAGUAUUCGGUUUUAUGUGAGUGAGGUAAAUAAAUUUAUGGUAAUGCCCGUAUAGUUUUUAAAAGCAUGUUUUAAUUUGUUUUUGAAGUAAUGGCAGGACUAAACUCCUUUUAUACAAAAAUGAGCAUGAUUGAUUUGAAAUAAGAUUAUUAUUUUUGUAUUGAUUUGAGCAUGCCUACUUGAAAUUUAGUUGAUUGUCCUGAUGAUUUGAAAGUGAUUGGUGAAUUAAGAUUUUUCUGUUAACUUCUGCCUGUUUUGUCUCCAAUGUGGUUAUGUUAUUAAUGAUCCUACUAGUGGGGGUUAAACGCUAGCACAUGUCGAUAUGUUAUUGAUAGAACCAGUUCGUUCAACCCUGUUAGUGGGGGUUAUACACCAGCAAAUAGUGUGCCUGCCAGUGGGAGGUUUAUAACACUGGCCGUGACCUAUAAAGGAGACAUCUAUUUCGUUCCCGUACUGUAUCCGUUUUUCGUAAUUGCACAUGUUGGCAUGCUAUAAGUUUAAUAAGGGCACUCCAUAUUUUACUUACUGAGUUAUCUCAUAGUUUUCUUUAUUCACCAUUUCAGGAAGCGAAACCGAGGACGGGGAAACCACGGGAAGUGACGAGCUAAAAGGCUAGCCAUUUUGUAAAUUGAAUAUGGAUUUUAGAUAUAGAUCAUGAUCUUAUAAACUAGAGUGUAUUUGGAGAUUUAUGAUAUUAGAGUAAAUUAUAAAAUUUGAUCUUCAGA